GAGAAGCGAGGAGGGAGACUCAGACCUCUCCGCGCGUGCCUGACUGAACGCAGCUCCGGGCGAGUUUUCGGAACCGAACUGGACCACGGUGGAUGAUUGAAUUCCGGAGAGCAGGUGGAAGUUGAAAUGAGGAAGGAGGACGCUUCCUUCCGAGGUGUGUUUGAUCGCGAGUGACGGCAUGUCGCGCGCGCGCUCGCCGGUGUGACCAGUUCGUCCAGCUUGGUGGAGUUCGACUGACAGUCAGGUGAGCAGCAUGGCCGGAGUGAGCAACAUGAAGACGCUGGAGGACCUGACGCUGGACUCCGGGUACGGGGCAGGUGACUCCUGCAAGUCGCUCAGCCUCUCCUCCUCCAAGUCCAACUCGCAGCCCUUCGUGACGACGACCACCCCGCACCGGGGCACCUGGUGGUACUACUCCGGCUCCAUGAACAGCAGGAACAACAGCUGGGACACCGUCAACACCGUCCUGCCCGAAGACCCGGAGGACAUUUUCUCCAAGUGUCCGCGCCUGCCCGAGCUGGAGGAGUUUCCCUGGACUGAGGACGAGGUGGCGAGAGUCCUGCGCAGAGUGGCCGAGAGUGGCAAAGCUGGACACGUCUUCUCUCCGGAGGCGGUGAAGCGGCUCUCCGCGCUCCUGCGCAAGGCUCUGAUCCGCGUCUCCAGAGAGGCGCAGCGGCUCAGCGUCAUGCAUUGCCGGUGCACGCGCUUCGAAGUGCAGAGCGCCAUGCGCCUGGUGCUCAGCUGGGCGCUGGCCGACCACUGCGUGUGCGCCACGGUCAAAGCCAUCUCGCUGUACAGCAUGAGCGCGGGCGAGCUGCUGAGCAAGGGCAAGUCCGCCCGCUGCGGCCUCGCCUUCUCUGUCGGACGCUUCUUCCGCUGGAUGGUGGACACGCGCAUAUCCGUGCGCAUCCACGAGUACGCUGCCAUCUGCAUGACCGCCUGCAUGGAAGCUCUGGUGGAGGAGAUUGGAGCCCGCGUGCUGAUGGCGGAAAGGGGUCAUUCAGGGCCGGACCCGGGGUCAGGUCAUGUCCUGGUGAGCGCAGAAGCCCUGGACGGUGUGGUGAACAAUGACGCGGAACUGUGGGGAGUCCUUCAGCACUACGAGCACCUGAUCUGCGGGAAGAACGCCAACGGCGUUCUGUCUCUGCCGGCACAUUUCAGCCCCUACACGGAGAACCAGCAGUCUGCCGACUGCCGGGAGGAUGCCUAUGCCCAGCUGGAACUGAGGACCCUGGAACAGUCACUACUGGCUACUUGUGUGGGCAGCAUCUCUGAACUCAGUGACUUGGUCUCCCGUGCAAUGCACCACAUGCAGCGGCUGAGCUCAGUGCGUCCCGGUCUCAGUCCAGCUCGAAAUCCCAGACCACAGCAACCCGUGUCCUGGUCACCUGAUGCCCUACACACCCUCUACUACUUCCUGCGUUGCCCUCAAAUGGAGUCGAUGGAGAAUCCGAACUUGGACCCCCCACGCAUGGCGUUGAGCAAGGAGAGGCCGUUCCUCCUGCUGCCGCCUCUGAUGGAGUGGAUGAGGGUGGCCAUCGUUCACGCCGAGCACCGCAGGAGCCUGCUAGUGGACAGCGAUGACGUCAGACAGACGGCCAGACUUCUCCUGCCGGGACUGGACUGUGAACCUCGGCAGCUGAAACCAGAGUGUUGCUUCAGCUCUUUCAAACGUUUGGACUCCAAAGCCGCCACUGACAAGUUCCACCUGGAUCUGGGCUUUCGGAUGCUGAACUGUGGACGCACUGAUCUCAUCGGCCAAGCUAUCGAGCUGCUGGGCCCAGAUGGGGUCAACAGCAUGGACGACCAGGGCAUGACCCCGCUGAUGUACGCCUGCGCAGCCGGAGACGAAGCCCUGGUCCAGAUGCUGAUAGACGCCGGGGCCAACCUUGACGUAGCGGUCCCAGCGUGCUCCCCGAAACACCCCUCCGUCCACCCCGACAGUCGCCACUGGGCGGCGCUCACCUUCGCUGUGCUGCAUGGACACAUCUCUGUGGUGCAGCUUCUGUUGGACGCAGGGGCCAACGUGGAGGGAGCCGCCGUCCGUAAUGGGCAGGAGAACACGGCUGACACGCCGCUGCAGCUGGCUUCAGCAGCAGGAAACUAUGAGAUGGUGAGUUUGCUGCUGGCCAGAGGUGCGGACCCUUUAUCCAAGGCCCAGGAUGGCAACGCUCUCACCGCCUCCUUGUACGAGGACAUGAACUGCUUCAGUCACGCCGCGGCUCAUGGUCACAGGAACGUGCUGAGGAAGCUCCUGACUCAGCCGCAGCAGGUCAAAGAGGACGUCCUGUCUCUGGAGGAGAUCUUAGCCGAGGGCGUGGAGGGCGAGGAGGUCGGCAUCUGCCCUUUCCUCCCUCUCUCGCCGCUCCCGAGCCACCCCUCUGGUCCCGGGGUGGUUCCUGACGGGGCUAUCCCCAAACUCUGCAAGGCCCGGAUGAAGGCGCUGCAGGAGUCCAGCUACUACAGCGCCGAGCACGGCUACCUGGACGUCACCAUGGAGCUCCGAGCUUUGGGGGUCCCCUGGAAGCUGCACGUGUGGCUGGAGUCCCUCCGCUGUGCCCAGCAGCAGUCCAGAGCGGCGGUCACGCUCACCCUCCUCAAGGAGUUCAGCACCAUCAGGGAGGAGGACUUCUGCGAGGAGCUGGUCACCGUGGGUCUCCCACUCCUGUUCACCAUCCUGAGGACCACCAAGAACGACGCCAUCACGCAGCAGCUGGCCUGUAUAUUUAGCCGCUGUUUUGGACCGGCGCCGCUUCCCGCCGUGCCCGAACUCAAGUCCACGCUCUCCGCACAGCUGGACCCUCACUUCCUGAACAACCAGGAGAUGUCCGAUGUGACCUUCCUGGUGGAAGGGAAACCGUUCUACGGGCACAAAGUGCUGCUGAUCACUGCCUCUGAAAGAUUCAAGUCUCUGCUGUCUCCAACUGGAUCUGACAAAAGCUCCAACAAGGAAGUGGAGAUCAGCGAUGUCAAGUAUCACGUGUUCCAGAUGAUGAUGUCGUACUUGUACUGCGGAGGGACAGAGUCGCUGAAAACUAAAGUUCCCGACUUGUUGGAGCUGAUGUCAGCUGCCAGCCUGUUCCAGCUGGGGGCGCUGCAGAGACACUGUGAGCUCAUCUGCUCGCGGCACAUCAACCUGGAUAACGCUGUCAACAUCUACAAGGCCUCCAAGGUUCAUGGCUCGACAGAACUCAGCUCCUUCUGCGAGGGCUACUUCCUGCAGCAGAUGCCGGCGCUGAUGGAGAGAGAAGGCUUCCGGACUCUGCUCCUGGGUCCUCCAGCAUCCCGGGGGCAGGGCAACAGCGCCACCCCACCACCGGCUCAGAGCCGAGCGGACUGUCCUCUGGAGGAACUGGAAGCCACGCUGGCUCAGAGGCUGCGCUCUCUCUACGUCUCGUCCAGAGUGUGAGGACCACGGUGACCCUGAGCAGAGCAGACUUGAACUCUGAAGACUGAUCCAGGAUCUGGAGGGUCUUGUUAGAUCCAGUGUCACCGACGAGGAAGCUGAGUCUCACUUGGUCUCUGUGACAGUGGAACAUGAACCCGACUGGCUCUGGAAGCUUGAUUUGUAAAAACACUGUUGCCCUCUAGUGGACCGAACGGGGCACUGCAGGCCGUUGGAGGCUAGUGAUCGGACUGAGAGGAAAGACUGAACCGAGGCCGGGCUGGACUUGAGGCUUUAUCUCUCUCUCUCUCUCUCUCUCUCCAGUGAGGCAGACGGAGAGAGAUGCAACGCAUUUAACCUUUUUAUGUAACUUUUAUCCGCUGUUUGAAAUAUGUCUGAGGAGAGAGCAGAGUGGUGACGGACGUUUCUAUUUAAAAAGGAGAAAAGACGUGAGAGAGUAUUUAACGGGGCGCUCCCUUUUAUUUUGGUUUUAUUCCAAAUAAUUAUUAAUAUUUUUUAACUAUAUUGUGUUUCCUGGGACACUAACAGUCUAUUAAGCUUCAAACAUGAGGAGAGCGACACAAGGAUUCACAAUACAACCUGUCAUUACUGAGUGCUGGAAUAAAAGCAAAAGUGGGAAGGACUCAGUUGAGUUUGUU